AUGAAGAUCGAGGAGGUGAAGAGCACCACGAAAACACAGCGCAUCGCCUCGCACAGCCAUGUGAAGGGGCUGGGGCUGGACCAGAACGGCCUGGCCAAGCAGGCGGCCUCCGGGCUGGUGGGGCAGGAGAACGCCCGUGAGGCAUUUGGCGUGAUAGUAGAAUUAAUCAAAAGCAAGAAAAUGGCCGGGAGAGCUGUUUUGUUGGCAGGACCUCCUGGAACUGGCAAGACGGCCCUUGCCCUGGCGAUUGCUCAGGAGUUGGGUAGUAAAGUCCCCUUCUGUCCCAUGGCAGGAAGUGAGGUCUACUCCACAGAGAUUAAGAAGACGGAAGUGCUGAUGGAAAACUUUAGAAGGGCGAUCGGUCUGAGGAUAAAGGAGACCAAGGAAGUUUACGAAGGUGAAGUCACAGAGUUAACUCCAUGUGAGACGGAAAACCCCAUGGGUGGAUAUGGCAAAACCAUCAGCCAUGUAAUCAUAGGGCUUAAAACAGCGAAAGGAACCAAACAGUUGAAACUGGACCCCAGCAUCUUUGAAAGUCUGCAGAAAGAGCGAGUGGAGGCUGGGGAUGUGAUAUACAUAGAAGCAAACAGCGGUGCUGUGAAGAGGCAAGGCAGGUGUGAUACCUAUGCUACUGAAUUCGACCUUGAAGCAGAAGAGUAUGUUCCCUUGCCAAAGGGAGACGUGCACCAAAAAAAGGAAAUUAUUCAGGAUGUGACCCUCCACGACUUGGAUGUUGCCAAUGCUAGGCCCCAGGGUGGGCAGGACAUCCUUUCCAUGAUGGGCCAGUUAAUGAAGCCAAAGAAGACCAAAAUCACAGACAAACUUCGAGGGGAGAUUAACAAAGUGGUCAACAAGUACAUUGACCAAGGCAUAGCAGAGCUGGUUCCAGGCGUGCUGUUUGUGGACGAGGUGCACAUGUUGGACAUUGAAUGCUUCACCUACCUGCACCGAGCCUUAGAGUCCUCCAUUGCCCCCGUCGUCAUCUUCGCUUCCAACCGUGGCAACUGUGUCAUCAGGGGUACAGAGGAUGUGAUCUCUCCUCAUGGAAUUGACCUUCUGGACUGAGUGAUGAUCAUCCCCACCAUGCUGUACACCCCACAAGAAAUGAAACAGAUAAUAAAAAUCAGAGCCCAGACAGAAGAGAUUAAUAUCAGUGAAGAAGCCUUGAACCACCUGGGGGAAAUCGGUACCAAGACCACCUUAAGAUACUCAGUGCAGCUCCUGACCCCAGCCAACCUGCUGGCCAAGAUCAAUGGAAAAGACAGUCUUGAGAAGGAGCAUGUGGAAGAAAUUAAUGAACUCUUCUAUGAUGCCAAGUCUUCAGCCAAAAUCCUUGCUGAUCAACAGGAUAAAUAUAUGAAGUAAAA